UCAUUAGUUAUUUUUUCGCGAGAAUAAAACAAUGAAAGAGCAUCGUUCAAUUUUUCUCUCAAGUCGGUGACACCUAUGCGACUUGGUGCUUUUGGACGACGUAAACUCGCGCCGUAGUCGCCGUUACGGAAGUGAAAGAAAAAUAUCAUUAUUAAAUAAUGGCGUCGUCAAAGGGAAAAACAAGAGAUCGACCCGCGAAAAAGCGGAUAACAGGACGAAUAUUACAUUCCGAUACCCGUUCCCGAGUUAGAUCGGCACAAAGUAAACGUGCGAACAUUCCGUAUAAACGACAGCCGUACGAUUCCAUCAGUAUACCUCAAUUGGUUUAUCAACUUCUCACCAUCGAUAAAUAUAAUCAUGGUAAUAUGAUAGAGAUAAUUGUCAUAGAAGCGAAAUGCUCUUCGUCUCCGACACGCUAUAGAAGAAUGCACAAGUCUCACGAACGGCAAAGACAUUUAUACGAAACGUCUAACCGUCACGGAAUUGAUUCGGAAUCCAUGUCCAUGCAAAUACCCGAAUCUAGGCCCACGUCUAUCGAUAGUCUCGUGGAAGCAACGGAUACCGCAAAUAGCUCAGCACCGACGAGUUCCACGAACAGUAGCGUGUCAAAUGUCUCAAUGGAAGAACCAAACCCAACCACCCUUGCAAAUUCGCUCAAUAGCGCUAAAGCGCUUUUCAGAAAAAGAUCCUUGGUACAGCUCAUUAACAGUUAUAUCAGAGCUGGCAUCGAAGAAGGAAAACGACAGGCCAAAAAGUAUAUUCGCAAAGCUCUAUCUCUCGGUGUGAGAUCGGGUUAUUUGAUCCCGACUGAUCGACAAGGUAAUACGUUGCGUGUAUGUCCGACUCUGGACACACGAUCUUGGAGUUGGAGACGGGCCGAUACUGAGUCUCGACAAAGACGACGCGUCGCUCGACGAGGGGAAAAGACGCGUUUGACAACUGUCGCCGAUCGGAAAGCGAUGCGUCGCGGAAUUCCGCGAGAUAAGUCCCUUCGUAAUGUGGAUAAUGAAUUAACGUCGUCAAAAGGAAGACACGGAACGCAACCCGCUCAAAGUUCUGCCAAAAGUUUCAACACGUUGGAAAAUAAUUUGAGAAAAUCGUCUGGUAAAUCGUUACGCGAGAGAAGCAAGCUAAACAUUUUUGCGAAAAAGAACAACAAAAUUAACAAUACGAGGAACAAUAAACGAGGACGACAACGAAAAGAAGACUGCGGCAACAUCAAGAAAUCGGUCAAAAGACGUACGUUAUUUUCUACAAAACGCGCUGAGAAUGUUCAUGAACCAAUUGAGGAAAGUUAUAAGAAUAUUAGUGGAAGAGAUCGCGACCAGUACAACGGCAUGAUUGAAGAUAAUUACAGAGCUGAGAAACGAAAGUCGAUAUCGAGCCGAGAGGACGAAUCCAGGAUAGAAAAGCAAAAGAUAGAGGCGAAUAUCAACGAUGACAGAAUAGAUUGCAGAAAUUCCGAUAUGAUAGAAAGUAGAAAUAUCGAUAACGACAAUGAUAAAACAUCUGGAAAAGAGAGUGUCGAAUGUAAUAUGAGCAGCACAGUGACGAGAGAAAUGGAAUCUUGA